AAGUCCCUGUCUCCUCCUGGGUGCCUUCCCUCCGUCCUCACUUCCAGCUACUUCCUCAUUUGGUGGUGCAGCACAGCCCAGCCCAGUGGUCAGCACGUCGUCCCCCACUCGCCUCACCCCAAACCCCCAGUCCUGUGUCUGUGCUGUGCAUGUCUGUGUCACUGUCUAUCCCUUUCUCUUUUUUCUUGGCCUCGCCACCCCUUUCUCCUUCCCUAUCUUUCAUCUUCGUUCUUUUUUCUUUCUCUCUAAGGGUCAAAUAUCUGUCCUUGGGUCCUGUGUUUCCUUAUCAGCUUUAUUUGCUGUGUGACCUUGCACGAGUGUCUGUAUCUUUCUGUACAAUGGGGAUGACGAGAGCAUCUACCUCAGAUGGGUGUUGUGGGGGUUAAAAGAGUUAACAUCUUAGGACUGAAUGCCUGCCGCUCAUUAGUGCCCAUAGCCUGAUGGCUCUCUUUUACUAUCCUAUAAACAUCACAAAGUUCUGAUUAUCAAAUAAUUGUAGCUGGUGCUUAUAAAAAGCUGACGAGUGUUGGACCCUGUUCUAGAGACAUUAAUCCAUUUGCUCCCCACAAGCCCCUACAAAAUAGGCACUAUUUUACUCCUCGUUUUACAGAUAAGGAAACUGAAGCCCAGCGAGAUUGAAUGACUUGUUUAAGUUUGCCCAGCCAGGAAGAGGCAAAACUCGCUUCAGUAAUAGCCACUGACUCUUCCUGGUACAGCGAGGGCUGACCCCUGAUCGGGGCUGGAUGGGCACAUGUACCCUGUUCCCUCUUAUGUCCAGUGGUUAGGGGCUACAGCAUGGGGCGUCUUGGCCUGAUUCUUCCUGGCAUUAUCUGUCUCCGUCCCUCCUCCUGUAUUGUCUCCUCCUCCCUCCUGCCACCGCCCACCUCGGACUUCCUCCUUCACUUGGUUGGACGCUACACCACAUCCCACCGGCCCUUGGACUCCAGUGUCCAGCAGGGUCGCCUGCGUCAUGGGGGUCCUUGGACCUUCCAACAGGCUCCUGUUCCUGCCUCUCCUUCUGACUGUGGGUGGUUUCAGUCCUGUCCAGGCACAGAAAGCAGUGACCAGGAAACCACGCAUCACCGAGACAGAGUCGCCUUAUCAGGAGCUUCAAGGUCAGAGGUCAGAUGUCUAUAGUGACCU